AUGGACGCGGGCAACACCCUCAAGCUCUCCGGUGAAGGAAAACCGUCGGACAACAUGUCUUACUCCCUUGAGAGAUACCUCAACACCCCGGGGGAUGUAACGGAGCGGCUGCUUCGAGGACAACGUGACGUCGGUGACGUGAAGGCCCGGCUGAGAACCGCCAUGGGGAAGAUGAACCGUCUGGCCGAUGAAGUCUCACCGACCUUGCAAGACUCGAGUUCUUCGUCUUAA